AUGGACUCUGGUCUGGGCCUUGACACGGCGCGCGCGAUCGUGGAAAAUGAAAGAGUGGGCGCAUCGGCGGUUGGAACGUGUUUUUUCCGCAUCCAUCUUGCUGUCGAAGUUGCUCUUACUCCGUCCCUCGCCAUUUCCAACACAUCGUACCACAACUCUACAUCUACCCAGCGUCAAGAUGUUCGCUCAGUGCUGAACUCUGCUGCCUCUUCCGUCUUGUCCACGGCUCCUCGCUCCUAUGGCCACCUAAGCGCACCCCUUGAAAGUCAUCUUUCAAGUCUCCCUCAUAACUAUGUGCCAAUAGACACAGAUAAAUCCCGUCCUCGGACAACUCCUGUUUUUGCCACUCGUGAAGAUUUAGCAGCCCAUUAUGGCAUCCCUCAACAUUUCCCCCCUGCACCUCGACCAAUUGUCCAUCACACACAACAGCUCCCAAAACAACAGCCCUCUUCCCAUUUCGACUUUGACACCAUUCGGAAAAACUAUAUCGCCAUGCUCCAACAAAAGCCAACUGACCCCGAACCCACCGUCUCGGAUCCCCAACCCGGGCCUGCCGGUGCGGACGCUAUACAAGCUCUCAAUGAGCUGUUAGCGUCCCCGGAGUUUCAAAACUACGACAGCUUCGAUGUCACUUCUCCAUUGUUCGAAGACUCCGCCUCACCUUCGGUGUCUCCGUUAUUUGAAGACAAUGGUUCAUUCGACUCAUAUCUCACAUCACCGAUGGAGACCCCGUAUGAAGAAUUUGCAACUUCACCAAUGGAGGAUAGUCCAUUUUCUGAUUUCCUCAAAACGCCCAUUCUUCCUUCCGCCGACGCGGACCUUUUGACCGGGCCCCUCAUAGAAGAUGUUGGGUAUGGAGAUGACUUCUCCCUGUUUGGCGGUGUUUCCGCCUUCCCAACGUUCGAAGUCACCACUAAUCCCAAGCUGCCACCGACUCCAGAACUGUACACCUUGUCGUCACCUGGCUCCGACUCGAUAGAUCCUUCCUCCACCGUUUUCGCAUCCAACCCCAAAGCUCCUCCAGUUGCCCCUGCAGCUCCAACACCGCCACCUGCUUCCGUAACCACCACCACAACUCGUGUUCGGAAGUCGAAAGCGACGGGGACUCGUAAAAAUCUCAAGCCAGAGUCACUCCUUCCGAUGGAUGCACCCACUCAAUCAAGGUCGUAUGCCCUUCCAUCGGCAACUUCGCGCAAGGCUGUUCCUGCAGUCUUUGCCCAAAAGAAAAGGCUCCAUUCUGCUGCCUUCGCCACUAACGACGAUGACGACGAGGAGGAGCUUGAGCCUCUGUUGCCAACUGCGACAGAGAAGGAACAAAUCGAACACAAGCGACGACAAAACACGCUCGCUGCACGUAAAAGUCGGAAGCGUAAACUCGAGCAUCAGCGGAUGCUUGAAGGAGAGAUCACUGAUCUCAACGCGGACCGAGACCUUUGGAAGUCAAGGGCGCUCAAGGCACAAGACGUUCUCCGCGCCAAUGGCAUCACACUCAACUGGGACGAUGAGUGA